GACAUUGCAGUGGACAUCAUGGACACCAGAGCUGUGGUCAAGGCUGUUGCUUUUGUAAUCCUCACAGUCAUCAGCAUCCCUUCCAAUAUGGCCAUUUGUUAUGCCUUCUUGCAUACUCUACUGAUCGAGGGCAAGCUCAUGACUGCUGAUGUCAUCCUGUGCCACCUGAGCUUUGCCAACCUGGUAGUGACGCUCACUCGUGGCAUUCCACAAACACUCACUGCCUUUGGCUACAAAAACCUCUUUGACGACCUUGGCUGCAAAUUCAUUGUUCUCUGCUUCCGGACAUUUAGAGGUCUCUCUAUAAGUCUGACCUGUCUGCUCAGUGCAUACCAGGCAGUAGUUAUCUCACCAGCCACUUCCAAGAUGGCUGUCUUGAAGACAGUAAUAUCCCAAUACCUUGUGCCCUUGGUAGUGUUUCUCUACAAAUUUUGCUGUGUGACCAGUGUUUACCCUAUUCUUCAUGCAGUGUCUAAAGUGGUCAAUAACACCAUUCCUUUGUACACUUUUAAUUUAGAAUUUUGUAUCAUUCCAUAUCCUGACUACACAGCCUUUAUGGCUGCUGGCUUGUCUAACUUCUUCCGAGAUCUGAUCUUCAUUUUGGGGAUGACAAUCAUGAGUGGAUACAUCCUAGUCCUUCUCUACCAGCACAGCAAAAAAGUGAAGAAUAUUCGAAGCUCUGACAGAGGCCAAUCAGGAGCCAGAGCUGAAACCAAGGCCUCUAGGGCUGUGGUCACUUUGGUAGUUCUCUAUGUCAUUUUCUUUGGGGUGGACAAUGUCAUCUGGCUGUAUUCUUUGGGUGUUCUAAGGGUGGCACCUAUCUUUACUGACUUCCGGGUCUUCUUUUACACACUGUAUUCUUCAGUGUGCCCCAUUGUGGUCAUCAUCACAAACCCUAAGGUUAAAGGCAAGCUGAACAGUGUCAAAUUAAACAAGCUUGUGUCCACUGCAGGCAGCUGCAUGUCAAAGGGACUUAAGGCUAAAAGAUGACUAUCUCUUAUACAAGAGACCAGAAGAAUAUGAGUCUUUCAACAUGGGAUCAGUGCUACAGGCUGUUGAAAUUACUUGAGCUGAGUGUAAAGGCUAUGAAGUCACCUUUAAAGUUAGAAUUUAAACUCAUCACACAAUCAUACCACAGUCCACCUUACAUUAAAUAUCCCUCUUGUGAACUCACAUGUCAGAGAUUUAAAAGGGGACUUGGAUCAUGGUCACAGCUUGCAUUUUACCAGUUAAGCAACAUUUAGAAAUACAUAGCCCAGUCAAGGUCACAGUGGUGCAGUGAAUUGUGCUGCUGCCUCAUCGAUCCAGACACGCUCUCGCUUAUCGUCUACAGAAAGUUUGUACUUACUCUUUUUUGUCUGUGUGGGUCUUCCGUUCACAUCCCCGAAGAUGAGCUUUUAAGAUUAACUGGCAAAUCAAAAUUAGCCCUAUCGUGAGUGUUUGUGCCCAAUGAUUGAGUGGCUCCCUGUGGUGCCUAUUUAGGCUCCACAUCCCGGUGACCCUGAAUUGGUUGAAGCCGGUUUGAGAAUGUCCUGUGUCCAGCUUGGGAUCAGUAGAUGGAAAUGUACAUUAAGAAUAAAGUAUACUG